GGGUCACUCCCGCUUCAGCUUGAACUGAGGUCGGGUCGGUUUCGUUCUCAGCUCGGUUAGUUCUGUCCCCGGGAGCAGCGCGGUCCUGGCUCUGCUCGCCCGCCGGGGGCCCUGUCUGGUCACCCUGGUGGCGGGGUUCCUGCUCCCCGUUUAACCUCAUUUUUUCCUGUAAGCGGUUCACCUUCAGAAUGAGACUGGUAAUUCUUGAUGACUAUGAUUUGGCAAGUGAAUGGGCAGCAAAGUACAUUUGUAAUCGUAUUAUCCAAUUCAAACCAAGCCAGGGAAGGUAUUUUACGCUUGGUUUACCAACAGGGAGCACACCUUUGGGAUGCUACAAAAAACUGAUAGAAUAUCACAAGAAUGGAGAUCUUUCUUUUAAAUAUGUAAAGACUUUCAAUAUGGAUGAAUAUGUAGGGCUUCCAAGAAAUCAUCCAGAGAGUUACCAUUCUUAUAUGUGGAAUAAAUUCUUUAAGCAUAUUGACAUAGAUCCUAAUAAUGCUCACAUCCUUGAUGGGAAUGCUCCAGACCUACAGGCAGAGUGUGAUGCAUUUGAAAAAAAAAUUGAAGAAGCUGGGGGAAUUGAUCUGUUCGUUGGAGGCAUUGGUCCAGAUGGCCACAUUGCUUUCAAUGAACCAGGAUCAAGUUUGGCUUCAAGAACAAGGUUAAAGACUUUAGCAAUGGACACCAUUUUGGCAAAUGCUAAAUACUUUGAUGGAGACUUAUCUAAAGUGCCAACUAUGGCACUAACUGUUGGUGUUGGUACAGUGAUGGAUGCUAGAGAAGUUAUGAUUCUCAUAACAGGUGCCCAUAAAGCUUUUGCUUUGUACAAGGCAAUUGAAGAAGGGGUCAAUCAUAUGUGGACAGUUUCUGCUUUCCAGCAGCACCCCCGCACGAUCUUCGUAUGUGAUGAAGAUGCUACUUUAGAACUAAGAGUUAAAACUGUGAAAUACUUCAAAGGUUUAAUGCAUGUUCACAAUAAACUUGUGGACCCACUGUACAGUAUGAAAGAAGAAAACUGAAGAAGGAAUUGAGGAACUCCAUGUGGGUAAACACCAUUUUUAGGUAGCAGACAAACUUACUGCUAUGCAAUAUGCUGAAAACUGGCUAAAAUGGGAAAUCUUAAGUACUGUAUUUUUUAAAAAAUCCAGUAUCUCUAUUUACAUUCCAUCUCUAUACAUUGUUGUAUUGUGCAUUUGUUUUAAUAUUUUGUAUAUGUGACUUCAUUAGCUGCUACAGUAAGUAAACAAGAAUAGAGCAAAUGUAAAUGGCAGUUACAUACUAUGAGAAAUAAACAGCAGUGUAUUCUUAACACAGCAAUGUACUGUUUGACUGUGUGGGAGAAAAUUAUACUUUAGCUUAAGCAAAAGUCCACGGCUCCACCAGUACAAGAUACACUUCUCAUUUUUUUGUCUCACUAUAGGCAAAAUGCUUUUGGGCUUUCACAUGUCAAACGUUAUGGACUUGUAACAGAUGCACAACUUUGCUUAUGAAGUGCUCUGUUUAUAUCUAAUACGCAUUGAACUUUUGCACUUUGGUAGCCUUAAAUUAAUCUUAUACCAAUAGCUUCUGGGCGUUUAAGUCCUACUGUACAAUACUCAGGCAUAUAAAAGUAUGAAAACUGCCUAAAAAUAGAGGACCCUUUCAAACAGUUACAAUAACUUAUUCAAUUAUGUGCAUAUUAUACUUCUGCCAUAGCACUUUUGUUACAUGUUUCAAGUUUAUUUAGGAAUUUUAUAUUUUGGUAAUUAUGAACUCUAGAUAAUGAAUACAUUCAAUAUGUUCCUUUUUGGAGAUGAAUGGCCUAGUUACAUGAUGUUGUGAUCCAAUAAUUGUAAAGGGAGGUUAAUGGCAGUAAGAAUGCCUAAAAAUCCAGAUGGCUAGUAUUGAAACAAGUCUGAAUGUAAACAGAACCACUUUGCACUGUAGAUUGCUAUAAAUGUUGAACUGUUACUAAGAAUGCCACUCUUUUCUACUGUUACUCUAAGUAAAGCUUAAAUUCACAAAAACCUUA